AUGGCCAAUUUGUCUGACAAACCUGUGCAUGAUGCUGUUCCUGAUAAUAUUGCCAAACUUCAUCUGACAAGAAAAAAGGCCAUUUUUGAUGAUUUGCUGAAUGAAAUUGUAGCAGACCUGUAUAUUCCAUUUAAAACUCAGGAUCCUAACAAAGUCAACAUAUGUGUACAAGUUGGAGGACAGUCUUUCAAUGUUCUUUCAAAUAUUGUUGAACAAAUAGUGACAAUUCCUAUCCUGAUUAAUAGUAACUCUUUCCACAUUAAAGUUUCUUUACCAAGAGUGAGAGAAGGAUGCAAAGUGAAUGUCGAUGGAGUGGAACUCUACAUAAAGUGCACAGAUCAAGACAACGGCCAUCAAGACGACCUUCAUAACUAUGUUAUGAAUUACCUCCAAUGGUAUUUUGUAGUUCUUCAAUUUCAAGACACUAUUCAUGAAGGUGAUAUAACAAGAACCAAUAUCAUUUUGAAAACAAUGAUUCCAUUUUUUUACUCUCACUCAGCAUUGUCAAAAUAUUUCACCGAGUGCAUAGAUUAUAUUCUGAAAACAGAAAUCACUCUACCCCGGAUUUUGCUUUAAGAGUUCGUGCAGCAUCAUUUGUAAAUGUUCAUGGAGGUGAAGGAAAAAAUAAGGCAGCAGAUAUGCAUAAGGAAAAUGAGGUCAAGUUAUUAAAAGAUUUAAUUAGAGGUUUAGGGGCAAACAAGACUGAAAAUUCCAUUGUUGCCAUUUCCAAAGCAGCUCCUGUCAUACAAAAUAUAGUUCAAAAUUAUGACAAUAUGAUACUGAUUAAAAAAAUUACAACUAGUCAUAAGAAAAGAUCAUCUAAGGAGGACAUUCAGGCAAUGAUAAGAGUUCUGAAGAAAAACUCUCCC